AAGACACGGAACGGCAUUGGUGUGGGGAUGCGGAAAUAAGCUGGUUCCCCUCCUUCCUAACUGAGGAGUAUAUAAAGUCCCUUAGCUGGACUAUGGCUGGAAUUCCAACAGCCUCUCACCUGAUUACCAUCACCAUCGAUUCCCUCUAGAGUUUUGCAGGAGUCUUGAUACCGUACUUGAUAAAUACAACGUCCUAGGUAGGUCCUUCUUCACCGUCCACCACGUCGUCCAGAGCAUUCUGUUGCCUGUCUCUCUUGAACCGCCAGUACUGAUUCCAUGGCGACCAGAAUACAGCAACUUAUAAACCAUAUAUCUCAGCCACCAGCAAUAAUCAUGUCGGCAGAAUCUUGGCAAACCGUUCCUCUUGCACCCCCUGACAGCAUUUUCAAGUUAACUGCGGCCUACAAGGUCGACAAGUUUGAUAAAAAGAUCAAUCUAGGCGUCGGCGCGUACAGGGAUAACGACAACAAACCGUGGGUGCUUCCCGUCGUUAAGAAGGCCAAUGAAUUGUUACUUUCCAAUCCCAACAUAGACCACGAGUACUUGCCCAUCACUGGGUUACCCGAAUUUACGUCCGCCGCCGCAAAACUGAUUCUUGGAAGCGAUUCCCCCGCCAUUAAAGAGGGCCGCGUCUCAAGUGUCCAGACCAUCUCCGGCACCGGUGCGAACCAUCUUGGCGCUUUAUUUGUGUCUAGAUUCUAUUCUUGGAGCGGUUCCAAGGAAGUUUUCCUCAGUGAUCCCACUUGGGGUGAGUUGACCAGUACGGUGCUCCGUUCAUAUCUCAUACCUUUUCCAGUCAAUCACCACGCCAUUUUUAAGAAUGUUGGUGUGACCCCAAAAACCUAUCCCUACUAUGAUCCUGCUACCAUCGGGUUGGAUUACGAUGGCCUCAUCGCGUCGUUGAACGCUGCUCCUCCUCGUUCUAUCUAUCUACUUCAUGCCUGUGCACAUAACCCCACCGGCGUUGACCCAACAAAGGAACAAUGGACCAACAUCGCUGAUGUCAUGCUCGAGAAGGGCCAUUACGCGUUCUUUGACUGCGCCUACCAAGGGUUCGCAAGCGGAGACUUGGAAGGAGACGCCUGGGCCGUUAGGGAGUUUGUCCGAAGGGGCGUUUCCCUCUUAGUCUGUCAAAGUUUCGCCAAGAACGCAGGUCUGUACGGAGAACGUGUCGGUGCGCUCCAUGUCGUAUCGCCUACCCAAGAGACCGCAGCUCGUGUUACGAGCCAGCUUUCGGUGCUUCAGCGCAGCGAAAUCAGUAAUCCGCCUACAUAUGGUGCCCGCAUUGUAUCACUGAUCCUCAACGAUCCGACAUUGUUUGAAGAGUGGAAACGUGAUAUUGUGACUAUGGCGGGCCGCAUUAUCGAGAUGCGCAAGCAACUGCACCAUUUGCUGACUGUUGAAUUGAAAACACCCGGCAACUGGGAUCACAUUAUCAAUCAGAUUGGAAUGUUCAGCUUCACCGGCAUCAACCCGGAGCAGAGCAAGGCGCUGACGGAGAAAGCCCACGUAUACCUGACGGUGAAUGGCAGGAUUUCAAUGGCCGGCCUAAAUACCCACAAUAUCCGCUACUUUGCUGAGAGUUUGGACAAGGCUGUAAGGGGCUCACUUUGAAGAGCUGUGAUUACGUUUAGAGUACAGUAGUUCGUUGUCGUUAUCCUUAAUGUUUAGUUUUUGUGUUCUCGAUUUGUAAAUAUACUUAACUCUACUCAACGCACACCCGCGGAUACGUCACAGG